CUGCAUCUUGCCAUCGUCUCUCCCGCAGCCCAUUUCGAUCGUUCCCAACUGCUCCCUUCGUUUGCAUCGUCCUCGUUCGUUCGUUAAAUCGUCGAGAUACUGGUGGUGGACACACGUGGCUGUGUCUGGGCGUGGGAAUCAUCGGCCGAUGCCUGCUGCUGUGUCGUUGAGCUGGGAAGCGUUGCUGGGUCAGGGUGCAUAAGUAAACGCGGCAAUGGAUCGCAUCAGCGACCUUGCGCGACGGCAAAACGACUCGCCAGCAGCACAGUUCUUGCAGCUUAUCCAGAACCCAUUCAAGUCUGCGUUCCAAGUCAAUGCCAUCUGGGCCUCGCUGGGCACCUCUAUCGGCAUCUCCAUCCUCCUCGUCCUGCUCUUUUCCUUCCUGCGACCUCGUCACUCCCUUGUGUACGCUCCGAAGAAGAAAUAUGCCGACCAACUGCACGCCCCGCCCCCGGUGGGCAAAGGCUUGUUCGCAUGGCUCAAACCGGUCCUUAAGACCAAGGAAGAUGAUCUGGUCGACAGAAUCGGUCUCGAUGCCACCGUCUUCCUACGCUUCGCCAAGAUGCUGCGGAAUAUAUUCAUCUGUCUCAGCAUCAUUGGCUGCACCGUCAUGAUCCCCGUCAAUCUCGCUGAGAGCUCGAGCGAACAGACGGCCCAAUUCAGCAAAUUUUCCCUCAUGACACCCAUGUAUGUUUCCACAACUGCGAUUUGGAGUCAGGUCGUUAUGGCGUGGGCCUUUGAUGCGAUUGCGAUCUACUUCCUAUGGCGCAACUACGUUGGGAUCUGCGCUCUACGCAGGAGAUACUUCGAGAGUUCAGAAUAUCAACGUAGUUUGCAUGCGAGGACGUUAAUGGUCACCGACAUCCCUCAGCCUCUCCGAUCAGAUGAGGGUCUAUUGCGCCUGACAGAUGAAAUUAAUCCGACGGCUGCUUUGCCUAGGGCAGCAAUUGGACGCAACGUCAAAGAUUUGCCGCGACUCAUCAAGGAGCAUGAGGAGACAGUGAGGAAGUUGGAAUCCGUACUUUCUAAAUACUUGAAGAACCCUGAUCGCUUGCCUUCAAAACGUCCGACUAUUCGCCCGCCCAAGAAGUACAAGGGCGAUCGCUACGAUGGAAAAGUCGACGCGAUCGACUAUCUGACAGAUCGCAUCCGUGAGUUGGAAGUGGAAAUCAAAGAUGUUCGUGAUUCAAUUGACAAGCGUAACGCCAUGCCCUAUGGGUUCGCCAGCUGGGAGUCUAUCGAGCAUGCCCACGCGGCCGCUUACAUGGCACGACGGAAGCAUCCUCAGGGCACGACGAUCCGCCUGGCUCCUCGGCCGCAUGAUAUCAUUUGGGAGAAUCUACCGCUGUCCAAGCGGGCCAGAAAAUGGAAACGCUUUAUGAACUAUAUCUGGACCAGUAUCUUGACUAUUGUCUGGAUCGCUCCUAAUGCGCUAAUUGCCGUUUUUCUCUCGGAUUUGUCCAACUUAGGUCUUGUCUGGCCGGCCUUCCAGACAUCCCUGAACCAGAACAGCGAUGUGUGGGCGGCAGUUCAGGGUAUCGCAGCUCCUCUCCUGACAUCCUUGGUCUACCUUAUCCUGCCUAUACUCUUCCGACGCAUGGCCAUACGAGCAGGAGAUGUGACCAAGACUUCCCGUGAGCGACACGUCAUUCGCCAUCUCUACUCCUUCUUCGUGAUCAAUAACCUGAUCGUUUUCUCCACAUUUUCUGCGGCAUGGGCCUUCGUCUCAGCAGUUGUCGAUGCCAAGAACCAUGACGAGAACGCCUGGAAGGCCAUUCAGGACGGAGAGUUCUAUGAGAAAGUCAUGAGUGCUCUCUGCCAGGUGUCUCCAUUCUGGGUCUCAUGGCUUCUUCAGCGCAAUCUUGGAGCGAUGAUCGAUCUGGCUCAGUUGCUGAGUCUGGUCUGGAUCUGGUUCUCUAAGACGUUCCUGUCUCCGACGCCGCGGCAGACUAUCCAAUGGACCGCUCCUCCGCCAUUUGACUAUGCCAGCUAUUACAACUAUUUCCUCUUCUACGCUACCGUGGCUCUGUGUUUUUCCACUCUCCAACCGGUCGUGCUCCUUGCGACAGCGCUCUACUUCGGACUGGAUGCGUGGCUGAAGAAGUAUCUGCUGCUAUACAUUUUCGUGACCAAGACGGAAUCAGGUGGCCGCUUCUGGAGAGUGCUGUUCAACCGGAUGAUCUUUGCCAUCCUUCUCUCCAAUAUCAUUAUUGCAUUAGUUAUCCGGGCCAAGGGCACGUGGACGCAGGUUUAUUGCAUGAUCCCCCUCCCCUUCUUGCUCAUAGGGUUCAAGUUCUUCUGCAAGAGGAAGUUCGAUGAUAACAUGCAAUUCUAUAACAAGGCAAACUUGACCGAUUCGGAAGCACUGGGUGUGGGCAAGCCUGGCAAGAAGGCAGGGGAUCGGCUCUAUUCCAGAUUCGGACACCCAGCUCUUAACAAGCCCUUGCCUACGCCAAUGGUGCACGCCAAGGCGGCAGAAGCUCUGAAACAGAUCUAUCGGGGCCGUCUCGGUACCCCAGACUCCUCGGGCGAUUAUACAGACAUCGCUAUGCAAUCCAUGUCGGCCUUGCAACCCGGAAAGUCCACGGGUCCUUCUGGCUCCGCGCCGUUUGAGGUUGUCCCGGAGAACCAGCUCGACUUCUCUUAUUUCAAGAACCGUGCCGAUUUCCGGGACGAGUAUGGCGGCGGCAUCUACGGACGGCCGGAAGAUCUCAUCUCGGAACGAUCACAAACCCCCAAGAGUUUCAUGGGCGAGUGGUCUCCCAGCUCAUCACGGGCAUCCUCGCCGGCUCCGUCUGUGCCACCACUUCCCGGACGAAAGGGAUACGAAGGUCUGGAUAUUGCAGAUGGUCGUCCAAGCGAUUUGGAUCACCCUGCCUUCCGGCGUCCAGAGUCCCCAGGCGACAACGGGUCACUGGCGCCGGGUAUGGGUAUGUAUAGUCUUCCCAACGAAAGCGAAACCCGUCUUUUGAACCAUGCGCAACAGCCAGCCGCGAACGGUGGACCGAAUCCUCUGGAUCGAUGGCGAACGGGCGGUUACGGCCCUGUCGAGCAGGAAGAGCAAGAUCCCUACACCUCAUACGACUACUACCGUGGUCGAAGAUAGGCCAGCUCUGUGCUGUAGUCGUCGUCUUCAUCUAAGUAAUAUAUUCACGUUGUUGAUACACCACAUAUAGACCGGAUUUGUUCGAAAUCACGCGGGGAAAUUUAGGGCGGGAUAUGUAUUGGAAAUGGGGCGUCACAUGAAAUGUAUAUUUGAACGCGACGUUG